GUUGUAGAAUUUCAAUAUGGCGGCGCGGCAUGUGCUGCGAACUCCUUGGAAUAUCUCGCCUGUAAGAGGUACGGGUGGUUCAUUCUCCCCAUACAUGACGUUAUUUUAUAUUGAAAUUAAUUUCUAUGCCAUUUUAUCGUAGGAAAGACAAUUAUCUCUUCUCUUUUGGCACCAAUUACAAGGUUCAGGCAGGCUUGUUCAAUACAUACUCACAGUUCCAUACUUUCCAGUGAACUAUCAUCUGCUGUAGAAACUGAUAAGACUAAACCAGAUGAGGGUGGUAAGUUAGAUUUUUGAGUAGGGAUUCGUGUCAAUAGAUUUAAAUCUGAAAGAAGUUCACAAAAAUUAGCUUACAUAACUGAUAUCAUGUGAUGCUGUAUUUUGACUUGAAUACGUAGCUUUCGUGUCUUCCAGUCACACUUACCUUGUAAAAAAAAUAUUUUAUUCUCUGAUCAGCUCACAAGUAUUUUCCCUUUCGAUUUUCAUUCUCGUGGUGGAGAAAGUAACUCUUACUACUACUGACUGUGAAUAUAUGAAAAUCAUAUAUUUGUACUGAAGCAGUAGUGGAAAAAGUGUUCAUCACUGCGUAGAUUACUUCCACAUUCAUUUCUCUAUCCGCAGUUCACAUAUAUGAUUUUCAUUUAUUUACAACCAUUUACUCAUCACUUCAUUGGAUUAUUUGGAACCAAUAUAAUGACCAGCUCCCUGUUGGCUUGUUAGCUCAGUUAAUGGAGCACUGCUCUGGUAUUGCUGAGGUUGUGGGUUCAAAUCCUUUACAGGCCUGAAUUUUUUUUCAGGCCUUAUCUUCACUACUGCUUAAGCAGUGUUCAUUUCUGAGGAGGUUGCUUCCAUAUUCAGUUUGUACUACUACUACUUUGUAACAUACAGGUAUUUCUUUUUCGUUUAGAAAUUGUUGAAAAUGAUGAAGGAAAAAACAUCCUGGAGCACCCAGAUUACUUUGAAGUUCAUAAACUUUUCACUCUGAAAGAUCUUUUCAAUGCAAAUGUUCAUCUUGGCCAUAAUGAAGGCUGUUGGGACCCUUUGAUGAAACCUUACCUCUUCGGAGUCAGAGAAAAGCAUCAUAUCAUUGAUCUCAACCAGACAGUUGUGCAUUUGAGGGUAUGUAAAUGCAUCAUGCGAAUAAAGGGGUUAAGUUUCCAAAGAAACUGUGGUGCUGCAUGGGUGGGAGAGUAUAACAGGGUAAUUAAGUAUUAUUAACUGAGUUGAUUGCAUAAAGUGGCCUCCAAAAAGAGUAGCAAAGCUUGUGUUUCAAGCAUUAGUCAUUGCUCUGAUGAAGGGCUAAUGCUUGAAAUGUCAGCUAUGUUGUCCUUUACAGGAGCCAAUUUUUGCUAUUAACUCAGUUGAUAAUGCUAAAUUAUCCUACAUGCAUCACAAUUGAUAGUUUAUAGAUAUCAAGAAUGGAUAAGACUGAGAGCUGGUGGGACUCUUUCUAUGUGGUGUGAUUUUACAAGAUCACCUCUGAAUCACAAAGUCACAUUAUAAGAAUAAAGGAAAUAAUCACCUACUAAAGCUUGUGAUUGCUAGACAAAUUCUCCUUAUUAGCAUCAUAGGAAAUGUUUAGAGAAAAGUAUGGAGAAUGUGCCUACUGAUGUUAUGGUGUAAAGGGUUCACUAGUGGUUUUGUAGCUGGAGUACAGAGUUAACCUUUUACCUUCUCAUUAGAAGUCUUUCUGAAUCUGGUGCUAAUUGCAGCAUUUCUUUAGGAGAAAUUGUGGUAGAGAUUGUCAAAGAACUAAACACAGUGACCCUGGCUAGAUCUCAAGCUAAAAUUAAUGGACAGAUAAUACAAAAGACGGAGUGAACUUCACACAUGACAAACUAGAGUGUUUUUUUUGUGUCCUUUUCCGUGUUAAGUAUUUUUUUGUUGAUAGCAUCUAUCUCUUGACUUUAGUGUGAAUGGCAAACAAUUUCAUUCCCUUUUUUGACCCUCUUAAACAAUUGCUUCAGGAUUUUCAUCCUUCCCCAAAUAAAUUUUGAUCAAUUCUGUUUUAAAACAAAGUGUACAUCACAAUCCAUGAGGCCCACAGAAUACCUUAUGUCUCGUGCUCUUUUACUUCUCACCUUAAUUUAAUGCUUUACCAGCUGACAUCAGUAUGCAUGUUCUCCCAACUGUUGUUUAACAAUCAGAAGCUUCCUUAGUUUACGAUCAUUUUCAUUUUUUGCUUAUUUCCUUUGUUCUUAACCCUUUCACUCCUUACAAGUGACCAAGACAGAAUUUCUCCUCACAAUAUCAAUACAGUAUCAAGCAGGUAGGUUAUGAGAAUAGAGAAGAACAUCAAUUAUGGGAUUAUUAGUUGAUCCAAUACCAAAUUCUCUGAAAUAACAUCAUAAGAAUUGUCUGGCAGAUAGUAAGGAGAAUUACUAAUUAGAUCUUGGGAGUGAAAGGGUUAGAGUCUGAUUCAGGGGUUGAUGUUGUAAGAAGAAAUUAGAUGCUACACACUUAAUAUAGAGGAACUGCACCCAUUUGUUACUUCCUCCUGUUCUAAGUGGUGACAUUAACCUUUUUUUUUCCUUCCAGCUUGCCUUGAAUGUUCUUUCACACAUUGCCUAUAAAAGAGGGAAAAUUCUCUUUAUUUCUGCCCACCCCCAGUUUGAAGAAUUGACACAGCGCACUGCAAGGGAAUGUGAUGAGUACUUUAUAACUCGCAGAUGGCGUGGGGGAACUCUGACCAAUUCUUACAUGUUAUUAGGAACAACUGAACUUGUUGAUAUGAUUAUAUUUUUGCAUUUGCCAUCAUUGGGAAAAAACACUCUGGCUGUGACAGAAGCUGCUCAGCUAAAUAUUCCUACUAUCGGCAUAGUUGACAGUGAUUGCAAUCCUAAUAUGAUUAUGUAUCCCAUACCUGGAAAUGAUGAUACACCUUCUGCUGUCCAACUGUACUGCAAUCUGUUUAAAAAAGUGAUAAUUAAAGCAAAAGAGGAGAGAAGAAAACUAGGCUCUGAUACUGAAGAGAGUGGUGAAAAUGCAUAAAAUUUCUGUUGGAAUUUCAUCUUCCAAGAAGAAAAGUUUGAAAAGAAAAACAGAAGUGCUUUAAAGUUACUGGGAGAACUGUCUGUGUAUUAAAUAUAUCAAACUUCACCCUUGAUACUGUUAUUGCUUUUUUUAUCAUUUAACUGUCACAUUCCAGAAAUUUUGCCCUUGAGGAAAAUAAUCUGAAAUUCAAUGAAUGGUCUGCAAGUUUACAAAGUGACUAUUAUCUAGCCAUGAUCAAAGUUGGUAAAACAGG